CUGGACACAUACCCAGGAGAGUAAUACUACUAACCUCUGCAUCAGCCUCAGCAUUUCCGGAUAUCUGCCCCAACUGGAAGGAGCUUCUAUGAAACAAUAGAUUCUUCCGGAUUUAACCAAGCUGGUCCACUAGGUCACUUUACUUCUAUCAAAAUAAAACCCAUUCAGUUACGCUGUUCUGCUGUGGCGUGCCCAAAGAAUAAGAUUAAGAAUAUGAGAUGAUGAAAGACGUCGCCACCGCCGCCGAAGAUAUUGGAUCCAUCCCAUCUCUGCAGCACGGAUGACCCAUGGAGUGCACAGCACUUUGUAUGUGGAGCUGCGCCAGCACCCCGAGAAGUUUGCAAGCUACGUACAGAUGUCUGUAGAAACGUUCGAUGACCUUCUUGCACGCAUCAGUGAACAGAUCCGUUGCCAAGACACCCACCUCAGAAGGAGCAUCUCACCAGAAGAACACCUCAUCGUAACCCUCAGGUUCCUGGCAUCCGGUGAGAGUUUGACACUCCACUUCCAGUUUCGCCUGGGAAUUUCCACCAUCUCUGGGAUUGUCUGGACCACCUGCAAUGCCCUGUGGGAUUGCCUUCUAGAAGAAUUUCUCCCACAACCAUCUCCAGAACUUUGGCUUCACAUUGCCGAGAAGUUCCAGGAAGUAACACAGUUUCCAAACUGUGUAGGAGCAAUCGAUGGGAAGCACAUCAGGAUCCAGAAGCCAACGCACACGGGAUCAGAAUAUUUCAACUACAAGAAGUUCUUCUUCACCAUACUUAUGGCUGUUGCGGAUGUGCAGUACAGAUUCAUUGCAGUGGACAUGGGGUCAUAUGGAAGAACCAACGACUCCCGUGGGUUCAGGAACUCUGUCAUGGGGAGGAGGAUCUACUCUGGUGAGAUGGGACUUCCUGAACCAAGGGCCUUUCCUGGGACUGAUGGACCUCCAAUGCUUUUGUUUUAAUUGGGGAUGAGGCCUUCCAGAUGUGUGGCAACUUGCUGAAGCCUUACUCUAGCCGAGGACUCGACCACCGCAAGCGGAUCUUCAACUACAGACUGUCACGUGCAAGACGCUAUGUGGAGUGUGCCUUUGGAAUUCACACGGCCAAUACAAUAGCACCCGGAUGUGGUUGAUCAGGUUGCUAAGGCAGCUGUUGUUCUCCACAACUUCAUCAUCCAGUGAUCCUGAGGAAGUGGAAUCAGCUCUGACUGGACUACAGCAGACAUCCAUAAGAUCUACGCAGGCCAUCAUGCAUCUAAGAGACAAUUUUUCACAGUAUUUCCUGACAGAAGCUGGCAGGGUGUCUUGGCAGGAUCGUAUGUUGUGAACUUUCUUGGAACAUUUUUUUUUGUCAAUAAAGAUCUUGUGCUUAUGUAUAUAUCAUGUUGUGUUUGUACACAUUGCUUGCAUGAUCUUGUGAGGGUGUAGAUUGUAUGCCCCAGUGUCAAUUUCACACUGGGGCGUACAAACUGCUACCUCCCCUAUAAUGCUAGCAAAUUAAUAUUUCCCCAUUUUGUGUAAAUUUUGAUUUCAACAUAGUAGAGUUGUACCUUCUACCACACCAUUGUACGUAAAACACUGGGUGGUAAAAGACCCUUACUAUCCUGAAAGCAAACCCUAGAUUUC